AGGAAGGGAUUAAAAACGACACCGUUUCAGGGCUCUCUUGGUUAUAUGAUAUAACUAUUACCUUCUGGUGAAGGGAGAAACAACAGAGAGCGCAAAGAGUUUGAAAAUUUUGCGAGAGAGAGAGAGAGAGCUUCACCGAGACGAACACGAGGAGAAGAAGACGUAUCUGAUUCACUAAUUCAACGGCGAAAGAUGCAUCAACCGCCUCUGGAGACUCACCAGCCGGAGCGGUGCCGUCCGAUGACCUCGACGGUAUCGGAGAUCGAGGAGGUUAUCGACUCCGAGAGAACGACUCUUCUCAACGGUUUGUCUUCGCUCGAACCGGUGCGUCGCCGAGUGUCGGGGAAGUCGCCGGCGGACGGAGGAUCUCGUCGGAUUUGCCGGCAGCCGUCGCUCGGCCGCGACAUCGGACACGCGGCGAAGGAGACGUACCUGGUUACUCGUCUUAGCUUCAAGCUUCUUCGAUACCUCGGGGUAGGUUAUCGAUGGAUCAUGAAGUUACUUGCACUUGCAUGUUAUGCUAUGCUGCUUAUGCCUGGCUUUCUCCAAGUUGCUUAUAUGUAUUUUUUCUCAUCGCAAGUAAGGAGGAGUGUAGUGUACGGAGAUCAACCAAGGAAUAGGCUGGAUCUGUACUUACCAAGCAACAACGAUGGCAUGAAGCCGGUUGUUGUUUUUGUGACGGGCGGAGCUUGGAUUAUUGGGUACAAAGCCUGGGGCUCGCUCCUAGGAAUGCAGCUAGCAGAAAGGGAUAUCAUUGUAGCAUGCGUUGACUACAGAAACUUUCCUCAGGGAACAAUUAGCGAUAUGGUGACGGAUGCUUCUCAAGGAAUCUCAUUUGUCUGCAAUAACAUCUCUGCCUUUGGAGGUGACCCCAACAGGAUCUACCUGAUGGGACAAUCAGCUGGUGCACACAUAGCCGCUUGUGCUCUACUGGAACAAGCUACUAAAGAAUCAAAAGGAGAGAGCAUCUCUUGGAGGGUUUCCCAAAUAAAAGCUUAUUUCGGAUUAUCUGGAGGGUACAAUCUAUACAACUUGGUUGAUCACUUCCAUAACCGGGGACUGUAUCGCUCCAUUUUCCUAAGCAUAAUGGAAGGAGAAGAGUCAUUUGAUAAAUUCUCGCCAGAAGUAAGAUUAAAAGACCCAAUUGUUGGAAAAGCUGCGUCUAUGUUGCCUCCAAUUAUGCUUUUCCACGGAUCCUCAGAUUAUUCAAUACCAUGUGAUGCAAGCAAAACUUUUGCAGACGCUCUCCAAGCUGUUGGAGCCAAAGUGGAGCUUAUUUUAUACAACGGAAAAACACAUACUGAUUUGUUUCUUCAGGAUCCGUUAAGAGGCGGUAAAGAUGAACUCUUUGAUGACAUAGUCUCUGUGAUACACGCGGAUGAUGAUGAGGCGCUGGCCAAAGACUCAUUGGCUCCUCCUAGAAAGCGUCUUGUCCCAGAGUUGUUGCUGAAACUAGCUCGUGAGGUUAGCCCCUUCUGAUAGAAGCUAGUUAUUUUCUCUGUAUUUUCAUUUUUGUGUUAUUCGAUUUGUAUCUUAAAAUAUAAAUAGAAACUCUCGCCUGGUAUGUCACUGAAGCUGAAAUCUAUUACCAGUUUAACUCA